CACUCAAUCAGUUGCUAUCUCUGCUUCGAACGACAAAUCAGCGUAAAUGUAAACAUUCUUGCAGUUCGUAGAUUUCGAUUAUUUGAUUUUACACAGUCGUGUAUUCGGAGUAUUCGGUGACCAUCAGGGCUGAUCUUGUGAUACGGGUUGUCGUUGAAGAUACAUAAGGAUAAGCGAUUUUGUGGCAGUGUUUGGAAAGUCUAUCUUCGGGCAGUACGAUAAAAACGAAGGGACGGAAAAUGGACGUCGAAUUUGAUGUAAAGAGAUGCUACGAAGUUGUUAUGAGCCUGGUCGAUGAAGCUGGGAGCAUAAUUGCCAGCCGAAAUGAUCAAAAGAAGACGAUCUCACAGAAAUCGUGCGACAUGGACCUGCUAACCGAAACCGAUCAAGAAGUGGAAAAGCUGUUAAUAUCAAACCUGUCCAACGAAUUCCCAACGCAUCGAUUCAUCGGUGAAGAGGAGACUAGUGACGGUAAAAAAGCCGAGCUGACCGAUCUACCGACUUGGAUUAUCGAUCCUGUCGAUGGAACGAUGAACUUUGUUCACAGUUUCCCGCAUUCGUGUGUGUCGGUGGCGUUGCUAGUCAAUAAAACUCCACAAAUCGGCAUCAUCUACAAUCCAAUUUUGAAUCAAAAGUUCACUGCCAUCAAGGACGAGGGCGCAUUUUUGAACGGCCGUCGAAUUCACGUGUCGGGUCAAACCGAUUUGUCGAAGGCACUAAUCACCGCAGAGUUUGGUACCAGCCGAGACGCUGAAAAGUUGAAUGUGACCAUGGACAAUAUUCGCAAACUUGUCGAAUCCGCUCAUGGCAUUCGAGCUCUCGGAUCUGCUGCAUUGAACAUGGCAAUGGUGGCUCUAGGCGCUGCUGACUGUAACUACGAGUUUGGCAUUCAUGCUUGGGACAUUGCUGCAGGAGAUUUAAUUGUCCGAGAAGCCGGUGGUUACACGUGUGAUCCAACAGGUCAACCGCUAGAUUUUAUGGCGAGACGAAUAUUGGCCGCCAGUACUCCGGAGCUUGCAAACAAAGUUUCGAAUUUGCUCACACAAUAUUAUCCACCGAGAGACUAGUUUGCUUGCAGGUCUCGUCAGACUUAAUUUAUUUAAUUGAUCAAGUCCAUCAUUGGACUGGUUGGAAUAGAGGAAAUACACUGAGGAUAGAAUGUUUAAUCAAUGAAA